AUAAGCACUGCCAACAAUGAUCGCCCCCUUCACCCUUGCCUUUGACCCUCACCACCGUCGUUGACCUCGUCCUCUCGACAUGUCCAGCAGUGCUUCCACACGUGUCGCCGAGACAUACGAGCUUGCCUUCCGCAUCUUCAAGCACGUUCAACACGACGGUGGCAACGCGGCUCUUUUAUCUGUCGCUCUAGUCAAUCACUUUGUCGGCUCUAUCGCGCUAGACGUCCUCUGGGAGGAGCAGACGAGCCUUCUGCCCCUCAUCAAGGUUCUCGGUGAUCACCUCCAGUGCACAACUGAGAAACGUUGCGGAAGCGUUGCUGUCGACGAGAACACCUCUCGACUCACAGUCGAGGAACAUCAGAUUUUGUUCUUGAAGCCCAACGACGAGAAGAAGGUCUCGAUCUCACCGGAGGAAUGGCAGCGUCUCCAGUUUUACGCUCGUCGUAUCAAGGUUAUUGACGACAAGCCGCUCGUUCGGGGUGAAUCCUUCGACAUCCACCUGUGGCUGGGAUCGUUGUGUGCGAUACUCGCUGGCGGUGGCGACGAGCCACUGCUGCCCAACCUGCAUCACCUCAAUUUCGGUCAACGAAUGGAGAACCUCUGCGACAGCGCAAAGCUGUCUGCACGCUACGUGGACGCCAGUGGGCAGCGUGUCCCGUAUCUCGCCCUCAUCGCAUACACGCCCCGACAACCAUGGGGCGCAUGGGUACCGGGAAACCUCUGCCGCCUUGAACAGAUUCGCUCUCUCGGGAUCGAGCCCGACAAGCAUUUGGCCAUCUACCCCCUCCUUCGCGAUCUUCAGUACCUCGAGGAGCUGCAUCUCAAGCUUCCGGACGCUGAGACAGACGAGGACCUGAUCCACGGGGUCACUGGCAGGAAGGCCGAAGUCGCCCUGGGAUUCCCUGCGCUGACGAAACUACGCAUCAGUGACCCGAUCCAGAUGCACAGCGUGGGGACCGUCUUGAGGGAGAUGUCAACGGAGCCGCUGAAGCUGAAGGAACUGCACGCGACGGGCUGGCGCCACGACUUCACCCACGAGACGGACGCCACCAGCCUCUACUCGGAUAUCCACGAUACCUGUGAUCACAGCACGCUCACUCAUCUCACUACGAUCACGCACUCCGGUUCUAUGCAGUUCCAGAACGCCUCCGAGCUCUACACCGACCUCCUCGCGUUUCCGAACAUCACGCACUUCCAGCUGAACAUCUUCGCUUGGCACCUCGACGUCGAAGGCGCGCUCGACAUGUUUACGGAGGCCUGGCCGCAGCUCGAGAGCCUGGUCUUCUUGAACAGGCCUGCGUAUUCGACGGACACCCUCGAGCGGCAGUUCACGCUCUUUACUCUUUUUGACCUGGAAUACCUCGCGCGCCGCUGCCCGCGCCUCUCCUAUGUCGCGCUGGAAAUGGAUUUACAGGAGGUUCCGUACCCGCUCGAGAACCUGGAAGGCGAGCCCUUACUGGAUAGGCGCGUCAAGCUCUGCUUGGGCCCGCAGGACAAUCUGCAUGAGAACUUGUCCGACGACUGCACCCGUGACGUAGCCGACUACCUGGCGAGCGUCUUCCCGUACCCGACGCUGAAGUGCGUCACCUAUUGGGAGGGCGACACGAGUUAUGUGUGGCUGACGCCCGAUGACCUGUACCCGAAGAGGGCGCAAGGCGAGGCAGGUGCGAACGCGCAGAAUGCUAAGAAGAAGGGCAAGAAAGGCAAGAAGGGCAAGAAGGGUAAGAAGCCCACGGCAGAUACCAAUCAGAUGCAGACCUCCGCUGCCACUGUCGAGACCUCCGCGACUACCGAGGACGCCGCUCUCGCGGUCGAGACUCCAGAGCCAGUCGCACCCGCGAAAACGACCGGCAAGAAGAAGUCGAAAGGCAAGAAAAAGCCUUCCACAGCGGCGUCAGCCACAAAUGCUUAGGAAGAUUACGAUAGCGCUUUCUCUUACUAGCGGGGGCCUCAAGAACUUACAUCUGCAAAUGAGGGUCUCGACAUAAACCGAGGACACUGAAGGCCGACGAAAUCCCCAUGGACUCACGGGCUCGGAGAUAUGAUAUAAAUACCACUUACGAAAGGUUAUGACUGAAGACGGCGGUAUGAGUAGGCUACUGCGAUCACCCAAUAAAACGUCUUCUUUCUUAUAGUACGUCGGGU